AUUACUCUAAACCCUUAAAAUUAAGAAAGAAGAUCUAAAUUGAUAAUUUUUGUUGGAAUAUUGACAAUAAGAACUCAAAAGAAAACACAAGAUCGAAAGUUGAUAGUGGAAAUGGUUUCCCAUUUUGUGACACAAUCUCCAACAACGCCGCCAAACCGCAGGUGGAGCAAAGCUGAGUUUGUCUUUGUCUUCUUCUAAACAAACACUAACAUUAAAUUCUUUGACACCACUUCUUAAUACUCUUCCCAUUUCCAAUCUUCAUCAUUGGAUCACCACCACAAACAACAACAAAAAUACAUUCAAACCCUAAUCCAUGGCCGAUCACCACCACCACCAUCACCAUAUUAACCCUCCUCCCUCAUUUUCCCUCAUCCCCAUUUCAUUUCAUUACAACCCACUCAUGGCCGUAGCCUCAAAUCCCUUGAAUCCCAACGCCGACCCCUUCCUAUUUCAACCUUCCUCCUUCCUCCCCCCUCCGCCUCCUUCUCCGCCGCAUGUUGCCGCUUCGCUUCUUUCAGUGUACGACAAUUUCUACUACCCAUUUGCGUCCACGCCUUACUAUUGGCAAUUCCAUACUUAUCCCGCCAUUACCUGCUACAACGCUUUGCCGCCGUGUCAGGCAAUGGCAGUGGGCUGCGCCCGUGACGCUAUAACGGAUUCAAAGCAUGUCUUCAAAACAGAGUGUCGUAGGUUCAAAGGGGAAUUCGUGGUUUCCUGUGGCCCUCGAAGAGUGACCAAAUCUCCGCCGAAAUGGGUCGAGAAAAAAAUCGGUAGCGCCGUCGGCCACGGCGGCGGUGACCCAGUUGAGAAAACUGAUCAUUGCCCAGUGGGUGGCUCUGGAAUCACUACAGUGAUGAUAAAAAACAUCCCCAACCAGUUCAACAGGCGGCGUGAUCUUCUGAAGUUGCUGGACAGAUACUGUCAAGUGAUGAACCAACCGAGCGAUUCUCGAUCUGAUUUCUCUGCUUCUGAAUAUGAUUUUGUUUAUUUGCCAAUGGAUUUCAGGAGAUCUUGGUAUGAAGGGAAAGUAUCGAAUUUGGGUUAUGCGUUCGUGAACUUCUUAACUUCCAUGGCUGCCUCUCAGUUUUGUGCUGUUUAUAACAAUUACAAAUGGGAUGUUAAUGUCAACAAGAAGAUUUGUGAGGUCACUGACGCUAGAAUUCAGGGAAAGGAGGCUUUGAAGAAUGCGUUCAAGAACAAGAUCUUCUGGUGUCGAACCGAUCAAUAUUUGCCCGUGAUGUUAUCUCCAGCAAGCGACGGUCAUCGACGUUACCGAAUGGUUAAUGUCGGGAGGCGCAUUCCCAGGGUACCUCGCAAGCCGCUCAAGAAGUCGAGCAGCUGAGCAUCCCCGACUGUGCACGGGUUGGUUGAUGUGUUUGAGUCGAGGUAGAAGGUGUUUGUCUUGUGUUUUGAUUGUCUCCCCGACCGCUGCAGUUCGUUUGGGGAGAAUUGAAAACAUGAGUGAGCGGCUGUCUGUUUGUAUGUUUGUAUGUUCGGUUUGCAUAGGAUGUUGUAGCGCCAUGUCUGUCUGAAAUGGUCACUUUCUGCAAUAAUAUUCUCUCUUAAACU